AUGCGCUCAAAUGGGUUCGGCGGCUCUGAAGCUGCCAGUGCAGUCACCGAGAAUCCUCAAAGCCUUAAUCUCAAUGCCGCUCAGGACUUUUCCCAAUCAUCUGCUGCUGAUGCGCUACCAGCCUCCGACUUCACCACCCGCCUGCAGAUUUUCUCCACCCGAAUCCCUAAAGCUUAUAUUGCACCCUUUUGUGGCGCGAGUGCAGGUGUCGCCUCUGGAAUUGUCACUUGUCCCCUCGAUGUGAUCAAGACCAAGCUGCAGGCCCAAGGUGGCUUCGCUCGUCGAAGGGGCAAGGUAAUGGAGACCCAAAUGCUGUACCGGGGCAUGUUAGGAACGGGAAAAACCAUAUUUCGUGAGGAUGGCAUCAGGGGCUUGUACCAAGGACUUGGUCCCAUGUUGCUGGGCUAUCUGCCAACUUGGGCGGUUUAUCUAGCGGUGUACGACCGCUCACGCGAAUAUUUCUAUGAGCAUACAGACAGCUGGUUGUUAUCCCGUGCGUACGCAUCGAUCACCGCUGGAGCAUGCUCGACGAUCGUCACAAAUCCGAUCUGGGUCAUCAAGACCCGACUCAUGUCGCAGAGUCUGAAGCAAAACAAUGAAGGAUUCCGGGCGCCCUGGCAGUACUCGGGCACGCUUGACGCUGCUCGGAAGAUGUACCAGAUUGAAGGCAUUCGAUCUUUCUAUUCGGGGUUGACACCAGCGCUGUUGGGUCUGACUCACGUUGCCAUUCAAUUCCCCCUUUAUGAGUAUCUGAAGACGACCAUCACGGGGUAUGGAAUUGGAGAACACCCUGACGAUGGCGGCACACAUUGGGUUGGCAUUUCCUUUGCCACAUUCUCCAGUAAAAUGUGCGCCAGUACCAUCACCUAUCCUCAUGAGGUCCUUCGGACUCGUCUUCAAACUCAGCAGCGUACAGCGCCUGCCCAGUCAUCCGAUGAGGUAUCUUUCCGCGGAGGUCUCAAGCAUCCUCAUGACCGCGGCCGACCCCCCAGUGUUUCCUCCUCGGACGGAAUGCCCAAUCGUCCUCGAUAUCAUGGAGCGAUUCGCACGUGUCAGACCAUUCUUCGCGAAGAAGGCUGGCGCGCAUUCUACUCUGGCAUUGGAACCAAUUUGUUCCGGGCGAUUCCAGCAGCGAUGACGACGAUGCUGACAUAUGAGUACUUGACCAAGCUCAUUCACGACUAUCGACAUGAGGGUGAAGUCAAGCUUCAGCAGGCAGCGGCUCAUACCAGAGUCGAGUCCAUCUAA